AUGUCCGCCCGUACCCGCGCCGCCGCUCCCAGCCUCUCCCACGCCGCCACAUGGCACUCCCCGCCGCCUCUGCCGUCGGGCCCGCCCGGCCCGCAGCUGGCCCGCCCGGCCCGCGCGCCGACACCGCUGCCCGAGCGCGCCCUCGCCUCCCGCCGCCCGUACCCGCGCGUGCCGGCCGUCGCCUCGCCGCCGGCGCCCUGCAUCACCGUCGCCUCGCUCGCGCCGCCGCCCGUCUCGCGCCGCCGCGCGCCGGGACCCUGCCGCCGCGCCCCUCCGGCGUCUCCCUGCCUCCUCCCGUCGGUGCCCGACCCCGCCGAGCCUCCUCCGCUGCGGGCCUCGCCGGAGACCGCGCCCCGGCCGGUCCCCUCCUUCCCCGGCGGCCUCCCCGAGCUCCGGCCGCCCUUCUACUCCGGCGAGCCGGCCCCGCCUCGGACCUCGCGCGCCAGAUCCGAUCGAACCCCGCGUUGA